CUACCAUAUGAUAUGAUAUGUUAACAGUCCACUUUGAAUAGCAAAUAAAUUUUUCGGUGUUUUUCUUUGAUAAUCGCAAAAAACGAAAUUUUCAGUUAAAUCACAAAAUUAUAAAAAAAGCAGUACCUUUAUAUUGAUAUUUCAUAGAGACUUUUUUAGUUAAAUUGCGUAAACAUGGGUUCUCUGAGAGUUUUUGGAGUAAUUUUGAGGCAACACAUGCACAGAUCUCUCCCCACCUUUGGUUGUAUGCGUUACUACAGCUGUGAAACGAAACAGGCACCUAAAAUGAGAUUUGUUCAAUUCUUACGUAAAAAUGAUGAACGCCAGCGUCUGGGUGUUGUAUCCGAAGAUGGCACUUCUUUGGUGGAGUUAUCUAGUGGAUCAUGUGUUUCAAACGACAUGGUCGCAUUCAUCAAACAGAAUUAUUCCAUUUCGGAAUUAGAAGAUAAAUUGAAAAAUUUCCAAAGCGAAGAGAUGAAUGAUUCUAUUACAUUGCUACCUCCCGUUACCAAUCCUGAGAAGAUUAUCUGCAUUGGUCUAAACUAUCAAGAUCAUUGCGAAGAACAAAAUAAGGAACCUCCAAAAGAACCAAUGUUCUUUAGUAAAUACAACAAUACUUUGGUUGGCCCAAGGGGCAAUGUCAUUGCCCAUCAAAUUACAGAUAAAAUUGAUUGGGAAAUUGAACUGGCUGUCAUAAUUGGAAAGAAAUGCAAGGAUGUUAGUCGCGAACAUGCUUUGGAUCAUGUGUUUGGUUACAGUGUUGCUCAGGAUAUUUCAGCACGUGACUGGCAAAAGCAACGUAAUGGUGGACAAUUUUUAAUUGGCAAGUCUAUGGACACAUUUUUACCUAUUGGACCAUCAAUUGUACACAAAAGCCUAAUUAAGGAUCCACAUGAUCUUGAAAUGGUUUGCAAAAUAAAUGGCGUUGAAAAACAACACGGUAAUACUAACAACAUGAUUUAUAAAAUCGACGACAUUAUUAGUCGUUUAUCACAAUCAAUAACAUUGCAGCCUGGAGAUAUAAUCUUAACUGGUACACCUAAAGGUGUUGGCAUGCAUCGUAAUCCUCCAGAAUACCUUAAACCUGGAGAUGUAAUUGAAAGUGAAAUUCAAUGUUUGGGUAAAUUGGUGAACAAAGUUGUAGCACCCUAAAUUAUAUUACCUUAUAUCACCAGAAAAAGGCAAUUUUAACACACCAUGUGCAAUUUGUUCAUAUAUUUGUUUCAUUGUAAUUCCCAAAAUCAACAUAAAGUUUAAAACAAUGUGCAUUUAUUAAAUGUUAUAUCUUUGCUAUAUGUUUUUUAUUCGUGUUAUAUUUAAUAAAAAAUUAAAUAAUGAAAAA